GUUGAACGGUGUUGACUUGCCAACUUACUUCCUCUAUAAAUGAACUCGUCGAUCCUUCCCCGCAAACCUUUAUCCGUUCCGACGACUCCUCUCCGGCAUUUUCAUCCUCGUCCUGCAGGAGUCUCCUCGUGUUAGGGAUCCAAGUGUUCGUUCGCCAUGACUCCAGAAUAUGACUAUCUUUUCAAGCUUUUGCUUAUUGGAGAUUCAGGGGUUGGGAAGUCAUGCCUUCUAUUGAGAUUUGCGGAUGAUUCCUAUAUAGAAAGUUACAUCAGUACAAUUGGUGUUGACUUUAAAAUUCGAACAGUGGAGCAGGAUGGGAAGACCAUAAAACUUCAAAUUUGGGACACUGCUGGACAGGAACGCUUUAGGACAAUCACGAGUAGCUACUACCGUGGUGCACAUGGGAUUAUUGUAGUUUAUGAUGUGACUGACCAAGAAAGUUUCAACAACGUCAAGCAAUGGCUCAAUGAGAUUGACAGGUAUGCCAGCGAAAAUGUGAACAAGCUUCUGGUGGGAAACAAAUGUGAUCUGACCGAUGGUAGAGUGGUAUCUUAUGAAACUGGCAAGGGUGGUAUUUGGCUUUGCUACUUGAAGGCAUUUGCUGAUGAGAUUGGCAUACCAUUCCUGGAGACAAGUGCCAAGGAUUCUACCAAUGUAGAGAAAGCAUUUAUGACCAUGGCUGCUGAUAUAAAAGACAGAAUGGCAAGCCAACCGGGUGGAAGUGCCAGCAAACCUACAACUGUACACAUGCGGGGUCAACCAGUUGGCCAGAAGAGUAGCUGCUGCUCCUGAAUAUAUGUAACAUGAGGUUACACCUUUGUUCCUGACAAAGAUGCCGUUAUGCUGUUGAAAGCUGUGGGGGCUGUUGAUCGGACCGGCAUGAUUUUGUGUUGUUGGAUUUUAAAGAAAUCGGUGUGUCUUAAUCGAACAAGAUUGUUAUACUCCACCCAGAUGCCCUUUCAGUACUGGAGUUUAAUGACACAACGGUUAGAUAGACGCAAACAUGGUCCAGGUCCUGGUACUGGAGGUGCCUUGUCUUAUUAUAUACGUACAUGUCUUCGUUAGCUUGCUGUGAGAGUUCACUACCUCUGUUGUUGGAUUAUUUCCUGCGACGUACGUGUCUAAGUUUGGAUAAUAAAUAACUUUCAUUGUUUA